GUGCUUUCUUUUAUAACCUUUAAACCCUUCCGCUCUCUAAUUCUCUCUUUCUGUUUGUUCUGCAAGAAUUACCAAAUUGAGAGAGGAGGAGUACACAACUCAACAAUCUGAAGAAAACGUGCUUUCAAAGAGACUCUAGCUUCUUUCUUUGUGUCGAUCUGGUUUGAAUUAUUGGGGGAGGAAUCGAAGGAAUUCAUCAUUUGUUCAUGGGCAUAACAUAAUUGCAAAGAAAGCUAGAGAGAUGACAUGGUGCAAUAAUAACUCGGACAUUCAAGUAGCAGCAGUCACACAAAACCCUAAACAAAACAACACCUUAAUCGAUGAGGUUCGUACCAUAACAUGCCCUUCCUGUGGCCAUCACAUUCAAAUUCAAGAUCAGGGAGGAGUAGAGGAUUUGGCAGGGCUACCAGCAGGAGUGAAGUUUGAUCCAAGUGACCAGGAAAUACUAGAACACUUAGAGGCCAAGAUUAAAUUAUCAGAUUCUCGAAAGUUCAAUUCUCUUAUUGAUGAAUUUAUUCCAACACUAGAGGGGGAGAAUGGUAUUUGCUAUACCCACCCAGAGAAGCUCCCAGGAGUAAGCAAAGAUGGCCAAAUUCGACACUUCUUUCAUCGACCUUCAAAGGCAUACACGACGGGAACAAGGAAACGAAGAAAGGUACACACAGAUGAUGAUGGAAGUGAGACAAGAUGGCACAAAACAGGCAAGACAAGGCCAGUCUUUGUUGAUGGAACAAUUAAGGGAUUCAAGAAGAUACUAGUGUUAUACACCAACUAUGGAAGGCAAAGGAAGCCUGAAAAGACUAAUUGGGUGAUGCACCAAUACCAUCUUGGCAACAAUGAAGAAGAAAAAGAAGGAGAGCUAGUUGUGUCUAAGGUGUUCUAUCAAACUCAGCCAAGACAAUGUGGUUCAAGCAUCAAAGGUUCUUUUGAUAGGAAACUGAAAAACCCAAGUCAUUAUCUUCACAAUAAUCCUGCAACUAAAUCUGCUCUUCUUGUUGACUACUACAAUCCUUCUUUUAUUGGUUAUGAUCAUGGGAGUCAUGGUAGAGAAAGCCCAACACAGUUGAUUCCCAAUAUGGUUGUUCAAGGUGAAGGGUCAUCGUUCAUUCGAUUAACUUCUGAUACAAGCAAGGGGAAGCUUAAUAAUUAAGAAUUUCAUUUUUGAGUGUUGUUAUUGAUGUUGUGUAGUGUAAUUGAAUAACUUAUUAGGUAGGGAAUUUGAAAAGAUCAGAGAAAGGAAUAAGAAUAAGCAAAGGAUAGGUUUCUUUGUGGAAGGAAGAGACAGGUUCUUUGGAAGAUUUUCAAGCAAAGGGGAUCGGCAAAUGGUGCCUCUAUGCCCGUAUAUUAUUAAUGGUGAGUAGCAUUAAUAAAGAAAAAGAUGCAAGCUUGAUCUCUUAUGGAUUUAGUUUU